GCACUCCAUUCAGCUCGUGCCUGAAUAUCGUGUUCACCACCAGGCACCCUUCAGACUCUCGAUCCCCGAGGCCACCGAACUCAAGCGUCAGCUUGAGGAGCUCCUGAGACUGGGUUUCAUUAAACCCAGCAACUCCCCGUGGGGUGCACCCGUCCUCUUUGCUCGCAAAGCGGAUGGAACUCUUCCGUCUCUGUAUCGACUACCGCGGCCUUAACCGCUACACGGUUAAGAACAGCUACCCCAUGCCUCGUUCCGAUGAGCUGUUCGACCGCCUAGCAGGCAACCGCUUCUUUACGAAGAUUGAUCUUCGUAGCGGUUACCAUCAGAUCCGCGUCGCUGCAACCAACCAGCCGAAGACCGUGUUCCGCUCGCGAUUCGGCCACUACGAGUUCACGGUGAUGCCAUUCGGCCUCACCAACGCACCCGCUACCUUCCAGAGGGCGAUGAACGACAUCUUCAGGUACAUCCUGGAGCAGUACAUUCUCGUCUACCUCGACGAUAUCCUGGUCUAUAGUCGUACCCUUGAGGAGCACCUCAGACACCUCCGCGACGUCCUUGACCGCUUGCGCAGACAUGGCUACUACGCCAAGCUUAGAAAGUGCCGCUUUGCCCAGCACAAAGUGGAUUUCUUAGAACACUACGUGUCUGACCAGGGUCUCCACAUGGACGACGCGAAGAUCACUGCUAUUGCGGAGUGGCCCGCUCCCACAUCCGCCAAGCAGCUUCGCAGCUUCCUAGGCCUGACCAGCUACUAUAGUGAUUGUCUGAUAGCCUUCUACUCCCGUCAACUCCUGCCCGCCGAGAUAAACUACACUGCUGAUGAACGUGAGGUUCUCACAAUAGUUUAUGCCGCUCGGCAUUGGCGUCACUACCUGCACGGGGCACCAUUCACGGUGCGCACGGACAACUCUGUUGUCCAGGCUUUUCUGACAAAGCCGAAGCUCACUCCUCGACAGGCUCGCUGGUGGCGCGACCUAUCCGAGUUUAGUUUCACCACUGAGCACAUCAAGGGUGAGACUAAUGUCGCAGAUGCCCUAUCCCGGCGCCCUGACCACGACCAGGAGCACAUCCAGCUCUCUUCCAUCUCGGUCACCACUGUCCACCACUCGGUGAUCGACGAGUUUCGCACUCAGUACCGCCACUGCCCCGACUACCGCGACAUCCACGCGACCCUUCGGAGUGGCAAGGCCGUCCCGAACUACUUUCUCGGGGACAACGGUCUUGUGUACUGGCACGAUUCACAGGGCACCAGAGAGCCCUGUAUUUGCGUUCCCUCCACUGGACAACUACGUGUCCGAGCAGUAGCAGAGUUCCAUAACCAGGCAGCUGCAGGUCGUAUGGGCUUCCACAAGACGUUGGCUCGUGUGAGCCGCCUGUAUGUCUGGCCGAAGCGCAAGGACUUUGUGAAGGACUACGUCGCAGAGUGUCCCACCUGUCAGGAGGUGAACAGUGCGAACCACCUACCUUAUGGYUUGCUCCAGCCUCUUCCUAUCCCUGAGGGUCGUUGGCAGUCCAUCUCGAUGGACUUUAUCGGUCCUCUUCGACCUCCGACCCCCCGCGGUCAUGAUGCUAUCCUGGUCGUCGUCGACCGCUUCACGAAGCGUGCACGUUUUGUUCCGUGCCGCUAUGCCAGCAAUGCACGUGAGGUCGCCGACAUCGUAUUUGACCGAUUCGUGCGUGACCACGGCUUACCUCUGAGCAUCAUAUCUGACCGUGACCCGCGCUUUACCAACCGAUUCUGGCGACGGCUCCACGAGGUGUACGGCACUMAGCUCCGCUUCUCCUCGUCUUACCAUCCUCAGACUGAUGGUCAGACCGAGAUCACGAACAGUACUCUCGGGGAUAUUCUCCGAAAGAUUGUUCGUGACGACCAGCAGUGGGAUCUCCAUCUUGCCCACGCGGAGAUAGCCUACAACCACGCCGUCUCGCCAGCCACGGGGAUGUCGCCUUACUAUUGCGACCUCGGCUAUCACCCGCGUGUUCCCGCGGACUUCCUUCGACCGUCCCAGAUGCACCCCGACACGAGUUGUCCCGCGCUGGAUGAUUGGGUUGCACACAUGACGUCGAUUAUGAAGACCGCACAUGAGCACAUAGCCGCUCCCCAGACUCGCAUGGCAGCACGUGCGAACCGAUCGAGGAUGGAUCACCCAUUCAAGGUCGGUGAUGAUGUGCUUAUCGACGCCCGCCACUUACAACUCGAAGCGGACACGCUUCGCAAGUUUCGGCGUCGCUUCUUUGGCCCAUGCCGCAUCCUCCAUGCCGUCGGUUCUGAUACGGCAUCUAGCCCGGCCUUCAUGAUCCGUGUUGGGAAGGAUCAAGAGAUACGCUCCUUCGGAUGCAUUGCACCAAGGACUCAGAGAAGCUGAUGGUCAUCACAAUGACUCCUACACGGGGCUCUCACCAAAGCCACCCAGGAAGUUUCUUCGCCAUCCACCCUGUGACCCUUCCGAUAAAGGCCAAUACCAUGA